AUGGCUCACUUCCUGGCAGCAGCGGCUCUGGGGCUCGCAGCCCUAAUAGCCUACUACAUUGUGAAUAGCAUAUAUGUACUCUUCUUCCAUCCGCUGGCGGGUUAUCCCGGCCCCAAACUAUGGCUCGUCACCCGGAUUCCGAAUGCUCGCGCUCUCCGUAGUGGCCAAUUGAUGCACCGCAUCCGUCAGUUCCACCAGCAAUAUGGUCCCGUGGUCCGCUGGGCCCCCAAUGAGUUGUCCUUCAUCUCCCCCGAAGCCUGGCGCGACAUCUACGGCCACCACGGCCCUGGCAAGGACUUCGCGCGUAACCCGCUGUGGUAUCCCCGGGCCGCCAACGGGGCGCACAACAUCCUGUCCGCCGACAACAUCACCCACGCCCGCAUCCGCAAGCUUGUGGCACAGGGUUUCUCCGAGAAAGCCCUCCGCGAACAGGAGCGGUUCAUCCAGUGCUACGUCUCCCUCCUGGUGACCAAGCUGCAGGCCGCCGCCGCCGCCCGCCGCCCCGUCAACAUCGGCGACUAUCUGCAGUUCGCGACAGUGGACAUCGCGGGAGACCUCAUCUUCGGCGAGCCCUUUGAUUGUGUAGCCAAGGAAGAAGCCCACCAGUGGGUCAAAGUGACCUUCGGCUUCUUCCGGCGCCUCCUCGGCGGCGCCUCCCUGCUGAUGGUCGCCCCUUACCUCCGACCUCUCCUGCCCUACCUGGUCCCGAAACGGGUGCAGGAACAAGCCCGCCAGCGGUUCGCCUUCUCGUGCGCCAAAGCCGCUAAACGGCUCGCGCUGGGCGAGGCUCCCGACCGCAACGACCUGAUCACGUACAUCUGCCGGUACAACAACAGUCCUCCUGAGGGGAAGGGAUCGAUGACCAUGUCCCGUGCGGAGAUCGAGGCGACGGUCGACAUCCUCAUCAGCGCGGGGAGCGAGACCACCGCCACCGCGUUGACGGGCACGGUGCAGUAUCUCCUGCGCAACCCGCACACGCUGGCCAAGUUAGAGGCCGAGGUGCGCGGGUCGCUCCGCUCCGCCGACGAAGCCAUGAGCAUUACCCAUACCGCCGCCUUGCCCUACCUCAGCGCCGUGCUGCACGAGGGCCUCCGCAUGUGUCCGCCUGCUCCCUCUAUCCGGCCCCGGUUGGUCCCUGGCGGAGGGGCUAUAAUUAGCGGUGGAUUUGUCCCAGCUGGUACCUCCGUCGGCAUCCCCCCCUGGACCGCCUUCCGCUCCCCCGCCAACUUCGGCCAACCCGACAACUUCAUCCCCGAACGCUGGCUCCCGGCAACCCCGGAGGGUGGCGGCAUGGCCAUCCACCCGCACGAGGUCCAAGUGUUCCAGCCCUUUUCCUACGGGCCCCGCGAUUGUUUGGGCCGACGACUGGGAUGGGCGGAGUUGCGGGUGCUGCUGGCCACGCUGGUGUGGCAUUUCGACUGGGAGAAUCUCAGCCCCGAGGCGCGGUGGGAGGAGCAGGUGGCGUUUGUCAUGUGGGAGAAGCACCCGCUUUUACUGGGAUUGAAAAAAGUGCAUAAAUAG